UUGAAUGAAAUUUCGCAAUUGUCUAACCUGUCUGACGGUAGUAAAGAUGGCGGAUGUAACAUACGAGUAGCUAAUGUUUGCUUCGAUAUCGACGUUAAUUUAACAAAAUAGCCGCGUUAACGCAUAUUGUGCGGUGUGCAUGUGGAUGUGUGUGCGUGUUUAUGUGAAAUAAAUCCCGUUUCGAGAAAUAUGUUAGAAAUUUGUUGAAUAUGAGCGAGGAAGCGAAUUCGGUUUCGCAGAUUUGCGAGAAUUCGCUGACGACCUUGAAAGAUGAGGUCGAUCCUGAGGAACUCCCUCCGAGAAUGAUAUCACACACUACGAGAAGGUCACGAUUUGGUAUGGGCAAUGUCCCGCUGUCGCCUUAUAUCUUGAUCGACGGAAGGAAAUUGCGUAGCUCCCUGGCAUUGAGCAAGAAAAAGCUUCCCCGACGUGUGAGUUUCCCAACAAAUGACAAUCACUUGAUUACGGGGUAUCUGGAGCCGGCCAAUCCAUGGAUACUCGAAUUUAGAAACAUUUGAAUUGCGAUGUGAAGAAUUAGAUUUAAAAGGACAGAUAUUGGACAUUAAUCGUGCAGAGCCAUUGGAGGAAAUUUUUAAAAGAGUCCAAUUUGAUAAAAUUAAUUUAGAAGCCACAUUUUUGGAUGAUGAGAGUUCUGUGAUAUUAUUUGAUAUGUUAGAAUAUUAUGAAUCUGCAAAGCACUUAAAUAUUUCAUCUAAUCAAGGUAUUGGGAUUUAUGGUUGGCAAGCAUGUGCAAAUAUGAUAAGGAAGACCCAAUGUUUAGAACAUCUUGAAGCUAAGGAUAUAAUCCUUAAUGAACAAUAUAUGAAUAUCUUGAGUCGUGCAUUACGAUUAGUUUGCCAUCUACAUGUGCUUAAAUUAGAAAAUUGUGGACUUUCAGGAAGAUCUAUCAUCACACUAGUUGCAGCAUUAAAAAUGAAUACUGGAAUAAGAGAACUAUACUUAGCUGACAAUGGGCUGAAUUUAUACGACGCAAUACAACUUGGUUCUCUUCUUAGAUUAAAUAAUCAUAUACAGUUACUUGAUAUUAGUAAUAAUUUCAUUCAAGAUGAUGGUGUACGUGAUAUCCUAGAAGGUCUCAUCAAUCAAGUAAACGAGGACAAAGAUGGUAAAGGUUUAAACAUAUUAAUAUUGUGGAAUAAUCAACUGACAAAAAAAUCAUCUCCCUAUUUCGCACGUAUUAUAGCAUUAUCUAAGACAUUAGAAACAUUGAACAUUGGAAAAAAUAUGUUGACCGAUGAAUUGUUAUUCAUUAUAAAAGAUGCAUUGAAAAAGAAUCGUGUUUUGUUACAAUUGGGGAUACAAUCAACUGAACUUACGUGUGACGGGAUUGUUACAUUAUCUGAAAUUAUCGAAAUAAAUCACGCAUUACAAAGGAUAGAUUUGCGAAAUAAUAAAAUACGUUUGGAUGGAAUGGAAGCUCUCAAGUCUGCUAUGAAAAAAAAUAAAAACAUUACUAAAAUAGAUUUAGACGAUAAACCUGAUAUAAAGAUGGGUAAUCUAACCGAUACUUUGCAUCAGUAUACGCAGCUUGUAGCUGAAAUUCGAAGCUAUUGUUUGGAAAACGAGAAAAAUCGUAAAUUAGAAGAAAAUAGCGAAGGUUUUGACAAUUCAUAUCAUAGCAGAUUCUGUAGUACAACCACCCGUAAAAUUUCGCUUACUUGUCAAACACUACCAUGUUCUUUAUCAUCCAUGAUUUCAAUACAAAAAGAUGAAUCUGGACGAUCCAUGCUCGAACCGAAACGUAUUAAUGGAGGUCGCCUUCGUUCUCCAGCCCCUAGUCCUGCCUCUUCACCCAUAGCCAGUCCUAUAUUAAGUCCUUCGCGAAGCCGGUUUGUGGUGUCCCGAGUUCCGGAAACAUUACGUUCUACGGAAUCCUCAGCAUUUUCGUCAUCAGUUCUUUCACCCCUUGGAUCAUCACCUACCUGUGUCACUUCUGCAAGUGGGUCAUCUAGAUUUCGUGUUUCAGUUGUUGAAUCAGCAAAUACCGUAUCUUUACCUAAACCUGUUAUUACUACGACUGAUUUAAGUUCGAAAGUUAAUAUUACCGAAUCGACUGACUUAAGUUCGAAAGUUAAUAUUACCGAGUCGGCUGACUUAAGUUUGGAAGUUAAUGUUGCAGAAUCGACUGAUUUAGAUGACUCGAGCAUCACACUUGCAUCUGAAUCAGGAAAGAAUAACGAUCAAACUCUUGAUAGUUCUCAAAGUACCUCGAACAGCUUGUCUCGUCUAGCUUUAAAUGAAGUGAAAAAAGAAAUGUCCUGCAUACCGACGAUACCUGGACGUCCUAAUACAAAAGAAUUAAAUACAAAUGAAUCGUUCGUUGAGACAAGAGUUGAAACUCAGUCUGAUGAUUGUGCAAGCUUAGAACACAAGAAAGAUGGUGUGCCAGACAAUCAAAGUAUAUCGGAUGAUGUUUCCAUGACGAGAAAUAUCGAGAAUGUAGAAAAUUGUUUUAACGAAAAUGCAAAAGAUACAAAAACGUCUACACUUGCAGAUAGAAAGGGGGAAAGUUCGCCUUAUAGAACAAUAAGUGAUAAAUCGAUAAUUAGCAACAAGAAGGGUCAUGAUGCAACGGACAAAGUAAUAAAUAUUAGUGUGAACGAAAGUAUAGAGUUAUCUCAAACAAAACACGAUCCAAUACAGAAAAGUACGUCUAACCUAGGGAAAUUACUUUCGUUGUUCCAACAUUCUAGUUGUUUUUUUUCCGAUUCUACUCCUAUCAAUCAGUUGAAAAGUAAAAAUACGCUUCAAGGCAGCAUAAACAGUAUGAUGACUCUCGGAGAUAAAUUCCAUUAUUACAUAAAAGAUAAGAGAGAUAGGAUUUAUAAUCGUGAAACGGAAGAGCAGCCUUCGGUAUCGUUAAAAAGUAAAUCAAAAUUUUUCAAUGUUUCUCAAUUGCCAAGUUUACAAAGUUUAGCAAACAUGAUCCCGUCGUUUAGAUUCGAGGGUAAUUUAAAUGCUCCUGGACAAAGUGACAAGCCUUGCUCCAAGGAGGUAAAGCUUUUAUUCGAGAAAGAUAGUAAAAACGAUUCAAUCGAUACAGGAAAAAAAUGUGCUGAAUAUAGUAACGAAAGCAAAAACGUAAAUGUCUAUUUAGAAGGGCGGGAGUCCGCUUCUGCUUUAGAUGAUCGAUUAUUAUAUGAAAACGUACACGCAAAAUUUCCUUCUGGUGUUACUAACAAGGACGUAGUAUUAGCUGCAAAUUGCAUUGUUUCGAAUAUAAUCGAUACUUGUUCCAAAAUUGUAAAUAAUAAUUUAUUAAUGCAUGUUUCAAAUAGUAACACGAUUGUACCUGUACCUAAAUUAAUAGGUAUACCUGAAUACUCUGCUUUAAAAGCAGCUACAAACGAUGUACAGAAACGAAAUAUAGCGAGAAUACUAGAUAAGGUAGAUCCUAUACUAAUAAAAAAAACGAAUAAUAAUGAAACCUUAACAGACAGUAUUAAUUUUACUAGUGAUAGCAACUCCUUGUCAUGUGGUAUAAUGUACGAUGUAAGCAAUGAUAUGCAUACUGUACAUACGUCUGACAGAAUGCACAAUUUAGUAAUAUUAAAUUUAAGUACAAAGGAUAACGUUGAAAAUAAUUCUGCCUUUAAUGUAAAUAGUACAGAAAGUAAUACUGCAUGUUUUGUAUGUAAUCAAAAAUGUGUCUGUAGUGUACAUAAUAGCCCACUUGAAUGUUAUAAUACAUCGAACAUAAAUGUAGAAACAAAUUGUUUGAAUAAUGAAGUUACCAGAAUGUAUAGUAUUGACAGUAACAGUGAUAAAAAUGUUUUUAUAAAUGUUCAUAAUACGCCAACAAGUAAUGAAGUAGAGAGAAUAAAUGUAUGUCGUGUAAAUAAUAGUACGAAUUGGGGAAGUGCAGUUGUAAAUAAUGAACGAGAAGCAAAGAUAUCAAAAAUAAAUUGUACGUGUAAAGCUACUAAUUCUGAAUUUAGCGACGAUAGUACACGUUCAUGUACUUCAGUACUUUAUACAAAUGUAAAUACAUCAAUAAAACGAGAAGUGAUAGAACCAUUUGUUAUAAAACACAACAAAUAUAUCGAAAUAAGUAACGUGACUGAAAUGAAAAUUAAUAGUUAUGUUGUGAAAAAUAUUAUGGAUAUGUUCAAGAAUAUGAAUAUCGUUAUGCCUAUACCAAGAGUAAAUCUUAGACAUCAUGUAGCUGAUAUCUCUGUUAAUGAAACUCCAAUCAAAAAGCUUUCACUAGACAUUACAACUAAUAAUUGGCCGAACAAUAUUGGUAAAAUAAAGACUUUAUUUUAUGAUCUAUCUCAGAUGUCUCAUUCGUCAUUGAACGCUAUCACUGAAAAGCCAGAAAACGUACAUAACAACGACGAAGCAUUAAAAAUUGAGGAAAAUUCUUCAUUGGAAGAUCACAUCGAAGAAUGUGCGAACUUUCACAAUGAACAAAAAUUCAAAGAAAAUGAGGCUUUUGGAAUUGUUUCCGAAUAUCCUUCUUCAGUACCUGUAAUAGUUGACUCUAUUGUCCACUCAAAAGAAGACACGUCUUACUUGAAAGGAAAUGACGACAUAAGCAGUAAUUUGCCAGAGAAUAUUCAUAUGCUUAGUAACUUCGGAUCGAAUAUUGCUCAACAUUUAAAAUGCACAAAUUCAGAUGAUAUAAAUGAUAAGACUCAUCAAUACUUAAAUGCAAUUAAAUGUGCAGUUGCUACAACUAUGUGUUCAACGGCUGUAGUGAACACAAAAGGCAAUACAACAGUUGACAUUAUUUCUGAUCAGAGUACUAACAUUGCUGAGCCUUCAUCAGUAAUCAGUGCAACCAGCACAAAAUAAAAUCAAUGAUAUUCAAGAAGAAGAAGAAGAAGAAGAAGAAGAGGAAGAAGAAGAAUUGCAAAUUAUUAAUAAUGAAGAUAUAGAAUUAAAGAAACGAUAUACUGAAGAAAAUAAUAAUCUUUACAAUUUUGACGAUGAUGAAAUUGACGAAUUUGAACAAUUGACAAUGCAUCUCGAACCAAUGUAUCAGCGAUAUGCUAAAUGGAAGAUCUAA